AUGGUGACAACGACUAAAACUUUUAAUUUUGACGGGAUAUUUCCGACAUGUAUGAAUGAGUAUAGUACUGCUAUAGAAGGUGCUUUUAGAGAAAGAGAAAAGUACAAUAAUGUAUGCACAAAAAUAGGUAAGAAAUUAGGCAAUAGUGAUGGUUAUUUUAACUUCAUUUGUGUAGAUCUUAGUUUCUUUUUAGAACAUAUAAAAAAAAAAAGGAUUGAUGAAAAAGAAAAAUACUGCAAAUAUUUCUUCUAUAAACUAAAAGAUGAUCUAAAAGAGGAAAGCUAUAAUUGCAUUAAUGAGAAUAAUUGUUAUAAAGAAAUAAUAAAUACAGAAGUUGAAGAUAAUAAUAACUUAUUCAAUAUAUGUAAAGAUAAUGAUAAUGGUUUUGAUGAAAACAUAUUUGAAAUAUUUGAUUAUUUGAAUAAAUUAUAUACUGAAUUAAAAUUGUUUAGUAUUAGUAUUAAUAGAUGUCACUUUGAUGAUAAGUAUUUUAAUGAAUAUAUGAGAUUAUUGAAAGAUUUUCAUAAUAACGACAGUUUGAGCAGAGUAUUGACAGAAGCUGAUGAACAAUACAAAAUCUACCUCAAGAAAUUACUUGAGUGUUCUGAUGCCGGAAAACUUAUACAUUACUUUUCAAGGAUCUUUGGGUCCUUUUUUGUUUUAACCUUUUUCAUAACCAUAAUUAUAUUAGUUUUAUGUAAGUACACAUCUUAUAGCCUAUAUACACAACAAAUUUUUAGUAUGCUAAGAAAUCUGUGGAAUAACAGAAGAAAAGAACAACAUAAAUUAUAUAAUUUAUUUUAUAUCGAGUACAAAAAUUUAAUUGAAAAUAAUUACUAG